AUGGUCAUCGUCUACGACUGUCUGGCGCUGCAGAUUAUCAAAGAUUACCAGAGCGUCUUCUAUGACGCCUCCUUGGAGCACUCGUGGGUGCGAUCAGCUGUCGUUGGGCAGAACUCUAUCAUCAUCGGGUAUGGAGCCCAAGAUGGAGCCCCUCGACACACGUGCACGUCGUGCGGUACACGGUUAACCCUGGCUUUGGAAGGCGUCAUGGUCGUCCUCGACAUCGAGAAGGUCCUCCUCCCGGUGUCUGAUGAUCCGCCGCCCGUUCCCCUGACGUUAAUAGCAGAGCCGGUGGACACUACCAUGUCCCACGACGCAAUCUACCAGACGGUGCCGCUCAACGGGGUCCAAGAAGCCGAGUAUCGCACGGCUCGGGCGCACGGUCGCUUCAACCCGGACUCGGCGGCGGCCCGACACAACGCAAUGAUGGCGCCGUGGCAGGCGUGGUGGAGCGAGGCGGACUGUGCCGAAUAUCGCGAGGUCCGCAAUGCACCGCAGCCUCCAUGUAAGUUAUGCUGGUGUGGAUAA